AUGGAACCAUCCAGGUUAGCAAAUAAAUAUAUGUAUUUUGGUUCAGUUCUUGCCGUAGAUUGGCAUUCUGACGGAAGAACUAUUGCUAGCGGUGGGCGCGAUAAAUCAAUUAAAAUAUGGGAUAUGAACUCGGAUAGUAGGAGACCAAGGGACGCUAUUCAAAGCAUGACAAGUAUAUCUCGCGUUCAAUGGCGACCUAAUCAUCCUAAUGAAAUUGCUUCAUGCGCGUUAUUAAGUGAUAAUAGAAUUUUUGUAUGGAACAUAAAGAGACCUUUUAUUGCUAGUUAUUGCUUCGAAGAGCAUGAUGACGUGCCAACGG